AUGGGGGAGCAUCCCCAGGCCCUGCCCAGUGCUCUGUCCCCACAGAUCCCGCAGUGGUGUGCCGAGUACGCCUUGUCCCUGCAGUUUGCCCACGGGCUGGUGGCCUGUACCCAGCCCCACAGCCUGGCUGCCCUCAGCCUCUCCCUGCGCGUGGCCGACGAGAUGGACCUCAACCUGGGCCACGAGGUGGGCUACUGUGUCCCCCACGAGGACUGCUGCACCACCGAGACCAUCCUCAGGUAUGGGGAUGGGCAGACGCUGCUGCGGGAGAUGCCGUCGGCCCCGCGGCUGCGGCAGUACGGGGUGGUGGUGCUGGACGAGGCGCAGGAGCGGACGGUGCCCACCGACGUGCUGCUGGGGCUGCUGAAGGACGUGCUGCACCAGCGCCCGCCCCUCAAGGUGGUGGUGGUCACCUUGCCGGCCAUGGAGGAGCAGCUCCGCGCCUUCUGUGGGGACCCCCCCGUGGUGCGGGUGCCGGGGCCCGGGCCCCCUCCCCAGCUACUCUACAGGGACCCACCAGCCCACGGCCACGUUGCAGCCGCCUGCCAGGCCGUGCUGGACAUCCACCGGCAGCAGGAGCCCGGCCACAUCCUGAUCUUCCUGGCCAGUGGCCAGGGAGGUGGUGGAGUCACCAUCCUCAGAGCCCCUGAGUCACUGAUGCAAGCACUGGAGGACCUGGACUACCUGGCAGCCCUGGAUGACGAUGGGAACCUGUCGGAGGUGGGGAUCAUCAUGUCGGAGUUCCCCCUGGACCCCCAGCUGGCCAAGGCGCUCAUCGCCUCCUGCGAGUUCGACUGCGUGGAGGAGAUGGUCAGCCUGGCUGCCAUGCUCACAGUUUCCCCCUGCUUUCUGCCCCCCUCCUCACACCUGGAGGAGGCGGUGACCCUGCGGCGGCGGGCUCUGCUGCACCCAGAUGGAGACCACUUCACCCUCAUCAACAUCUUCAACGCCUUCCAGCAGAACGGGGACGAGGGCUGGUGCCGCAAGCACGGGCUGAGCGGGGAGGCGCUGCGGCUGGCGGGGGUGGUGCGGGCGGAGCUGCUGGAGGUGAUGCGCCGCAUCGAGCUGCCCGUCUCUCCCCCCGCCUUCGGCACCGACGCCAACGUGCUCAACAUCCAGCGCGCCCUCAUCUCCGGGUACUUCCUCAAGCGCCUGCCCCCCUGGCUGCUCUACCACGAGUUCACCAUCUCGCAGGACAACUGCCUCCGUGUCGUCUCCGAGAUCCAGCCCCAAAUGCUGGGGGAGCUGGCACCCCAGUACUACCUGAGCAACCUCCCGCCCAGCGAGAGCCGGGACCUGCUAUCUGCUUUCCUUCAGGAGGCUGUGGUGGAGUAG